AUGUCCUACGUAGGAGAUAGUACUAGUAUGUCCUACGAAGGAGAUACUAUGUCCUACGUAGGAGAUACUAAGUCCUACGCAGGAGAACCUAUGUCCUACUGUGAGUUGAGUGAUCCAGCAAAUGGUAAUGUUUCCCAGACAGGAACCACGUACCUUGAAACAGCGACAUACGUUUGUAAUACCGGCUAUGAGCAGACUGGAGGAAGUCCAACACGCACAUGUCAGGCAGAUGGUACAUGGAGUGGUAGUGAACUUGUCUGCAAUAUUGAAGGUGUGUUUGAUUGUGGUCCGCUAUCAUCUCCAGCCGGAGGGACGGUAAAUUAUGCGGCUUCUACCUAUCUACAGACUGCUACUUACUCGUGUAGUACAAGGUACCAGCAAUCAGGAGGUGAUGUAUCCCGUACCUGUCAGGCAGCUUGUGCGACAUUAACUGACCCCAGUGAUGGAACUGUGACAGCAACUGGUAACAGCUUUGGAGAUACCGCUACUUUCAGUUGUGAUCCAGGAUAUGAUUUGAUAGGAAGCAGCUUAUUGACAUGUGGAACGGGAAGCUGGGACGAUGGUGCACCAACCUGUACCAAAAAGGUGUGUGGUACCUUGAAUAAUCCACCAGAUGGAAAUGUAGCGCAGACAGGAACCACGUACCUUGAAACAGCGACAUACGUUUGUAAUACCGGCUAUGAGCAGACUGGAGGAAGUCCAACACGCACAUGUCAAGCAGAUGGUACAUGGAGUGGUAGUGAACUUAUCUGCACAAUUGAAGAUUGUGGUCAGCUAUCAGCUCCAUCUGGAGGGACGGUGAAUUAUGCGGCUUCUACAUAUCUACAGACUGCAACUUACUCAUGUAGUACAGGGUACCAGCAAACAAGUGGGGAUAUAUCCCGUACCUGUCAGGCAGGAGGAGUAUGGGAUGGAACGGAAAUUGUUUGCCAAAAUCUUAACGUUGAUUGUGGUGAACCAUCUGUCACGGACAGCCACGUGGUUCUCGGAACAUUUGACGGUAAUACACAAUCUGGAGCUGAAGUGCCCUACAGUUGUACUCCGUGCACGUUUUUUCCUAACACGGAAUCAGCUGUGAUCACGUGUCAGGCUAAUGCCACGUGGAGUAUACCAGUGUGCGUUUAUGGUCCAGAUGUUGGAAGGCUUCCAAAUGGUCAGCUGAUCCCUGAUGGAGCUAUAGGCUGUGCUGCGACGUUCGGUAACACAUGUCCAAGUGCUUCAAUAUCUGAGUCUGCGCUGUUGCUGGAUGGGUCGACCGGAAGUUGUUACUGUGACAGCGCGUGCUGCUCUUCAGGCGACUGCUGCUUCGAUUCCACGUGCGAUGAGGAUGAUUACGACUAUUACGACUAUUACUACCGUUAA